AUGGAACACUCGCAAGAAGCAUUAAAAAAAAAGCAAUUCACUGAUUUAUCACUAAAUCCCUUUCAACAAACUAAGUUUUCCCGCAAUACUAAUAUCCAGAAAAUUAUCAAGGAGUUUGCUAAUUUUUCUCAAGAAAAGUUAAGACUGGAAAAUGAAGUAGUAAAGAUUGCUGGCAGAAUAAUAAAUAGGAUAAGAAGAUUUGGCGAGUUAACCUUUGCUGAUUUGGCUGACCAAAGCGGAGUAGUCCAAUUAAAGGUAGUUCGGAACAAGGAUUUCGCUAAAAUAAGCAGUGGAGACAUUAUUGGAAUAACCGGAAAGCUUUGCAAAACUGACCUCCAAGCAGAGAAAAAUAAGUCAGAAUUAAGUAUAGAAAUAGAAGAAUUUAUCAUCUUGGCCAAAUGCCAGCAAACUCUUCCUGAUACUGCUCACUAUAAACUUAAAGAUACUGAGGAAAGGUUUCGUAAAAGAUACCUAGAUUUAUUAGUUAAUGCUGAAACCCGAGAUAUUUUAAUUACCCGUCAUAAAAUAAUCCAAAAUAUUCGCCAGUUUUUAGACCACCAAGAGUUUAUUGAAAUGGAAACUCCUAUUUUAGUUUCCGAAGCCUCCGGAGCUCAAGCCAAACCUUUUAUUACUCACCACAAUAAAUUGCAUAGGGAUUUUUAUUUGCGAAUUGCGACCGAAAUACCUUUAAAAAAACUGCUAGUAGGCGGUUUUGAAAAAGUUUAUGAAAUUGGUCGGAUAUUCCGUAAUGAAGGGAUAGAUGCUCGUCAUAACCCGGAGUUUACUACUAUUGAAGUUUAUCAGGCUUAUGAGAACUCUGAAUAUAUGAUGAAUUUGGCUGAGAAAUUAUUACACUAUUUAGCCAAAGAAGUAUUAAAAAAAGAAGAGUUUCAAUUUAAUUCUCAUAAUAUUUCAUUGAAAGAACCUUUUAGAAAAUUGUCGAUGGUAGAAGCCAUUAAAGAACAUGCCAACUUAGAUUUUUCCCAAAUAAAUAAUUUAGAAGAAGCCUUAUCAUUAGCCCAAAAACAUAACUUGAAAAUAGAAAAGUUUCAAAAAAGUGUUGGAUACAUUAUUUUGGCUUUUUUUGAAGAAUAUGUGGAAAAAAAGUUAAUUCAACCAACUUUUAUUUAUGAUUAUCCGAUAGAAACUUCACCUCUAGCCAAAAGUAAAGUUGAUAAUAAAAAUAUUGCUGACAGGUUUGAAUUAUAUGUUGGCGGAUUAGAAUUUGCGAAUGGAUAUAGUGAGUUAAAUGACCCUAUCGAGCAAAAAAAAAGGUUUGAGGAACAAACUAAACAAAAAGAGUUAGGGAAUGAAGAAAUUGCUAGUUUUGAUAAAGAAUUUUUGGAAGCCUUGGAAUAUGGGAUGCCACCUGCUGGAGGAUUAGGAAUUGGCAUUGAUAGAUUAGUAAUGUUAUUUACCGGUCAAAGUAGUAUUAAAGAAGUAAUUGCUUUUCCACAGUUGAAAAGUAAAGAAAAAGAGUAA